AAGAAUGUCAGCCACAAUGGACAUCAUUCAGAAAUCGUUGCCUGAAGGUUUUCAUGUCUGCUAGCACAUACGCAGCAGCUCAUUCAGCCUGCAACGUAGAAGGUGCAAGGCUCUUAAGAUUGUACUCCAAUGAAGAAAUUUCUGAUUUGAAAAACGAUUCCACCAUCUUUGAAAAUGGUGCUGAUAAGUAUUAUUACACAGGAGCUGAGUGGUUCCCUUCUCUAGAAGCCUAUGUAUGGAGCAACACAACUAUUAAAGCACCUGUGUUUAAGGAAACCUUGCCAUAUGCAACAAAAGAUGGCUGUGUUACUCUUACGUAUACAGGUCUACAGGGAGUUGUAUGCAGUGACUCAUUACUUUUUAUUUGUGAAAAAGAUCCAGUAACCUGUAUAGGCAAUUGGCAUUCAGACAGCCAGACUUGUUACGUCAUAGUCAAUCAACUUGCUACUUGGCAGCAGGCGCAUCUGUCAUGUCUAUCAACAUUCACAAAUGGCAGACUGGCUUCUAUUGUUAGUUCAUCUCAGAAUUCUUAUGUGUCCAGUUUGUUGGCCAGCCAGGCAUGGAUUGGACUUAGAGCAUGGACGGCACAGGGCUACUAUACUUGGCAAGAUGGUCAGACAUUAGGUGGAUAUUCCAACUGGGUAAACAGAGCUGGAGGAGAGCCUUGUGUAUCAAUCAACACUUCAGGCUUAUGGCAGACGGAGAUGUGUACUAAACAGAAUAGUUACAUAUGUGAAUACUUUGUUGGAGACAAAGUGAAAACUUCCUGGCUUGUGGCAGGCUUUGUACCAGUCAUGAGCAAUGUUUCGUCACCUGUAGCAGCUUCAGUGAUGGCGCCACCUCAAUCUGUGAUAUCUUCUUUUGUCACUUUAUUGUUAGGCUCCUGGUUCUAUACUUCUGGUUAUGUCCUACGAUGGAACUUUCAAGUGCAGAGUCUAAAUGUGGAAACCAAACUAGCCUUACAGAUCUGGAGACCUGUUUGCGUUGACAUAAAUUUUGUUUGGCCAGAUUGUGGGAGCAGCACAAGUUCCCAGCAUGCCAGUGCUGGUACACAAGCUAUCAGUCUUUGUAAGGAUGGGGAGUACCUGUGUAGACCCACCAACACUUGUCUGCCAGUAGCCAAACCAUGCAUGUGUUCUGCUUCUUUCUUAAACAGUCAGAACUGUCUAAAUCAAUUUAAUAACUCCACAUACUUCAAGCUUCAGCUUGUGUAUAUAACAACUAUAAAAGUGCCUUUGAAAACAACUCAAUUGCAGUUCGAGUUGAAGACAGAAGUAUUAGUACAGGAAGGAGAUGUUAUAGGGUUUCAAUCGGAGAACAAAGAUGUUGUGAUAUGUGAAGAAUCCACAUCUUCAGAGUGGAGAAAUUCUGUCCUGUCAGCCAAAAUUGACUACUGGAUGGCUAGUGGGGAUGUUGUUGAUCCGCAGGUUUACCAGGUGAAGUCAGGUGUUGUGUGCAGAAUCAAUGCUGUCUAUACCACAAACAAAAUUUCAUUGUCACCAGGCAACUUGAACUUUGUUACCGGUCCAGGAAUUUAUAAUUUCACUUUUGUGACUAGCUCUGCCAGCUCACAGACUUGCUCAGUAACUGCUAUGGAAGAUGUGGGGGAGCUACUGUGGGUUUAUCCGGAAGCCAGAGUUCAAGUCAUUUCAGGUCAAGGCCCUCCAGUUUUAAAUAUUCAUGUAGAGGCAGGGAGACCACAUGAUCUGACAGUGAAGCUGCUAGAAGGCACACAGCCUUCAGUGACCUGGUAUGUGAAUAAUGGAAGUGGUGUAACAACCUCCUUAGUUUCUACUUGCCCACCAUCAGUGGCAAAUUUAACAGAAAUGUGUCAGUUUCACAGCAGCCUCCUCAAAUCCCCAUACUCCAGUUUAUCUUAUGUGUUUCCUGCAGGUUCUUUACUGAAUAAUAUUGUUGUCAAUGUGACAAACAUCAUUAGCUGGAAGGCCUUAUAUGUAAACAUUACAACAUAUGCUGCUAUUACUGAAGUAGACUUUUAUCACGACAAUUGUACAGAUCACACAUCUUGUAAUGUAACAGUUGAAACUGGCAAGAUACAAGUAUUUCACAUAUAUGUGAAAUCUGGAGACAUGACAGACGCUGUAUUUUAUGAAGAUGGUAAUAUUAUCAGCCCUGCAGCUCCCAAUAUUUUAGAACUUUCAAGAAUGUUUAACAAGUCUGCUACUUAUGUUCUCUCUGUCAAUGUCUCCAACCCUUUCUCAUGGAAGAUGGCCAGCCUGAGAGUUAACACUCAAAUCAAAGCCAACUUGCAGAAUUUGAAGUUCAACAAUGUUUUUGAUAAAGUUGCUGUUGGAAGUGUUGAAAAUAUUUCUGCAUCUGUUGAAGGGACCCCCAGUGCCUACAUUAUGGUCAGCUGGAUGUUCAAUGAAGAAAGCAUCCAGUCCAGUGAUCAAUUUGUCACACCAGUCCUGUAUCUUUCACACAUGCACAGCUUCAUUUCAACAGGAAAUGUAACAAUUACCCUGUCCUUAUCUGAUAUGUUUGGAGACAGGUUGUUGAGUACAUUUGUUGUAGAAGUUUACAAUAGUAUUGAUGUUCCUCUGAACCUCACUACGUCCAGCAGAUAUGUGCCAACAAACCAGGAGUUUAACUUGACCAUCAGUGUGAGCAGCGAUUCCUUUUCUGGCUCAAAGAGUUACGGCAUUCUAGUCUACACUGUAGACUGGAACGAUGGCAGCAAAGUCAUAACAUGGAGUAGUGCCGAAAUCACACAAGAUUUACUUCACAGCUACGAGACACUAGGCAGUUUUAUGAUAGUAGUCACUGUACUAUCAGUUUAUAACAGCAGCCACAUCCAGACUGGAACUAUCAUCAUCACAGCUCAGGAUAUCAUACAUGGUUUGAACCUCACCUAUGAUGGACCAAAACAUUUUAGUGAGAAUGUAACUUUUACAGCUGCAUUACAAUCUGGUUCUGAUGUUGAGUACAUGUUAGAUUUUGGGGACAAUAUUACUGUUUCAUCUUUCCAAACACAACCAGUUUUUAUAUAUAAGUAUUCCAUUGCUGAUGUUUACUGGGCUGUAGUUACAGCAAAGAAUGCAGUCAGUGAGAAAACAUAUAUGCUCACAUUGUAUGUCUAUGAUACAAAUUUGCUGCGCAUUAUUGGAAUCAAUGUGAAGUGCUGUGUCCCUGUGGGAAAGCAGGUUGAUGUUAGAGGUAAUGUUGCUGCAGAAGCCCCAGACAAGUUGUUUUAUAACUGGAGUUUUGGGAAUGGUGCUUUCGAAGCAGGACGUUCUAUGAAACAUGUUACAACAUACUAUGACUUUAUUGGUGUUUAUACAAUUUCUGUGAAGGUCACAAAAGACAUUUCUGGAACUAUACAAGAUAAUUACAAGGUGGACAUUUUUGUUGAAGAAGAAAUUGCAGGCUUGGUCACUGAGUAUGAAACACCGCUUGCCCUAAAACAGCCAGGAGCUUUGGUGUCUGCUAAAUUUAACGCAUCAGUACAAGUGGGUUCAAACUUAACUUACACUUGGAUAGUUAACAAUGUCAGGAACAUUGUUCAGGAUAGCACACUAAGUCUGACAGUGACUGAAGCUAAAGUUUACAAUGUCACUGUAAAAGUAGAGAAUAAAGUGAACUAUCAGGUACAGACAGUAGAACUUACAGCCAUAGAAAUCAUCUUAGGAUUACAAAUACAGUGCCAGUCAUGUUCUGCACUUUGUUUUACUAGAACACAGUCUAAUACAACACUGAAAGCAUCUAUGCUGUAUGGAACUUUAGUAAACUUUACUUGGAAUAUUAAUAACUCUGUUGUUUCUAGGAAAGAUGAAUCCAUGCAAUACAACUUUCUCUUACCUGGUGUUUAUUUAGUGAAACUAGCAGCAAAUAAUUCUGUGAGUAAUGAAUCUAAAGCUAUUAGUAUUAUUGCACAAGACGAAGUUAGUGGUGUUCAUAUAAAUACAAGCCUAUCUAUUGUAGAGAUUAACACAAAUGUCACAUUUCAAGCAACAUUCACAUCUGGGACCAGUGUUAGCAUUUUAUGGAAGUGUGAUGCCAUGAUCAUCAAAGGGAAUAAUUCAACAUCAUUGACUUAUGGUUUCACAUCUCCUGGUUAUCAUCAGUGCUCUGUAAUCGUGUUUAAUGAUGUCUCGUCAGUGAAUGAAUCAGCUCAAAUAGCUGUGCUAGAUCACAUCAAAGAUUUAUCAAUAAAUCAAAGCCUCAAGACCAAACCAGGGUCAGUAAUUUUAUAUGCAGCAGUGGAGAAAGAGUACACAUUUGUACCUCAGACAAACUCACAACUGCUGGUUCAGUUUGAAUGGGAAUUAGUGAUGACAGGAAUUUCCUCUGUGAUAUCAAAUGACAGUAUUUUAAAAUACACCUUUAAGACAAAUGGGACUUAUACACUUAUCCUCACAGCAAGAAAUGCCAUCAGCAUCAGUAAUGUUUCUAUCAAAAUAGAGGCACAGGAGAAAAUAGCAAAUGUACACAUUACAGCAAAUAAGACAUUACCUGCACAGAUCUUUGCAGGUGAAAGUGUGUUGUUUCAGGUAGCAGGUGCUACUGGGUCAAAUCUGAGAUAUGUAUGGUCUUCUGGGGGAUUGACUCUGGCCAGUCAAUAUGAUUCUGUAGUUUUACCGUUUCACCUUGCUGGUAACUUCACUGUGGGGGUUUCAGUCAUGAAUGACAUUGAUACACUGACAGACACAGUUCUUGUGUAUGUUUAUGUCCGGGUAUCAAAUGUAGCCAUCAGGAUAAAACAAUCUUUGAGUUUACCAUUUGUACCACAGGGCAUGGUUGUGGAUCUGUACUGCCAAAAUGUUUCUGGAUCUGCUGUAGAGUACACCUGGACAAUCACCCAUGUUCUCAGUGGUAGGCAGUUUAUGUCCAGUCUGAUGAGCAUCUCUUUCAGUUGUAAUCUAACAGGCAUCUACCAAGUUCAUCUGAUGGUAAGGAAUUCUCUGAGUUCUGAGGAGGAUCAGUUGAAUUUGAUGGUUCAAGGUGCAAUAACAGAACUUAAGGUUACUAUCCAAGACUCUGUAAUUGCAACAGGAUCAAGUCUGACUUUCACAGGGGAUGCCAAUCUUGAAGCUACUGAUGUGACAUUUGUAUGGGAAAUAGAUAAAGAGAUGAAAACUACUGUAUCAUUUGUUAGGCUGUUCCCAGUGGCUGGAGUCUUCAGAUUAUUUGUUACUGCUGCAAACAAUGUCUCAUCAAUGAGCAAAGAGAAAGUAAUCCGAGUUCUGGAUCCUGUUUCUGACCUCCAGAUUGCAGACUGUCAAAAGGUCAGGAUGGCGAAUGUUACAACCUUCUUGCAAGCCACACUUAAAACUGGCACCAACAUCACAUUUACUUGGUUUAUUGAGAUGAACAAACAGAAUACAACAUAUGCAGGCCAGAAUAUAAGCAUAAACUUCCCAGCUGAAGGAUUUUACAGUGUUGUCCUCAAAGCUCAAAAUGAUGUUGAUACAAGAACAGUUAUGUGUCAGUUACAGUUACAACAUCCAAUAACUCAUGCCAGUUUGUCUGUGACUGACCCAAGUCCAGACUAUAUCUUUCAGGAUCAAAAUGUUACAUUUACAGCAACUGGCAACAAUUUAUUUUCUGCAGUCUUUGAAUGGAAAAUUGCAAAUUCAAGUUCAAUCAUCUCCAAGUCUAACAAGUAUGUUACAUCAAUAGCUAGCCCAGGAAAUUAUGUUGCAGCACUCGUUAUUUCUAAUGGAGUUAGUCAGGUUGAAGUUUUUCUAGGGUUUACUGUUAAGGCAUUUCUUUGUCAGCUUCCUGAAGUGUCUAGAGUUGGUGCCAUGAGCCGCUCUCUAUUGCGGUCUCAGCGACUGGAACUUGAGGUAGCUGUUGAUGCAAAAGGUUGUACUUCUUACCUGGCUGUUCAUAAGUGGACUGUUGUCAAGACUACUGAAUGUGAUGCGACUGUGGAUGCCAAUCAAAAGGUUGACAUUGGAGACACUGUCACUUCAGCACCUUCUCUAGUUAUCAAUCCACGUGUUUUAGAUGUAGGAGUUUACUGCAUGCACUUUACUACAGGAUACCAGUAUACAAGUGUUUCACUGUCUGUCUACUACACAGUCAAUAUAACAACAUCGAAACUUAAAGCAGUGAUAAGAGGAGGCAACAAAAGAAUUGUAGCUGUUGGAUCAGAGCUUCACUUUGAUGGAGCAUUAUCUGUUGAUGUUGAUGACAGUAAAUCAGUUUUAAACUACCAGUGGAACUGUGUGGAGAUUAAUGUUGCAGGUGGAUGUUUUGCCAACAGCUCUAGCAGCACAUUUACCUACCAGGGCUUUCAUGUAGGGAGGUACAAAGUGUUUCUUCAAGUGAGCUUUCCAGGGAGGGUAGCAGACGUCACUGAACAGAUUAUUGAUGUCAUCAGUACUUUAGAUUUUGUGCCCAUGACCAGUGUGGUCUGUGAAUCAUGUUUGAUUCUUGGGAACUACAGGGUCAGCUCCAGCCAGCAUGUGGUCCUAACUGCUGCUUGUGAAAAUUGUCAGUGUGUUCCAGCUUUUUCAUGGAAGAUUCUUGAAGGUGACUCAGAGGUUUUCCCAAGCAGUGAUGAGACCUCCACUGGUCUUACUAAAGAACAUUUGGUAUUGAAUAAGAAGGGCAUCAUUAAAGAUGGUUUUAAUUAUACUUUUGUUGUGAGAGUCUCAUGCAUCAAUUUUACAUCCAACUUUGGAUAUGCUUCAUUGAUUCUAGAGGCAAACUUGCCACCAUCAGAUGGGAGUUGCACCUUCUAUCCCCUUGAAAUAAUUCCUAUUAAAAAUCAGGUGAUUAUCAACUGCUCUGGCUGGAUAGAUAAAGAUGAUCCCCAAACUAUCAUUUCAUACAAAAUCUAUGUGAAUACAACAGAUCCAUUGUCUGGUGAAAAUGAGAUGUAUAUACUAUAUUCCGGCACAAGCAGCACCCAAUCUGUUUAUCUAAGCUCUUUUGCUGGGGAGUCAGUUAAGCUCUUUUUAAUGGUGGGUGAUGAAUUUGGAGCUGCAGCUAUUGGAGGACAAAGCUUGAUCAAAUUUAAGAACAUUUCCCUGCCUAGCAACAUGACCAAGACAGAAUACCUGAUGGCACAGACUGACUCUGUCUUGUCAGCCAUAAUCAAACAGGCCUCCCCUGUAUCUCUGCUGCAGUAUGCCAUAGCUCUAGGGCAACAGCUGAAUGAGGAGUCAGUCAAAGAACUCAGUGCUCAAACUGCUGGAAAAGGAAAUCAGCUGGAGCAGACACGAGCGGCAGUGAGAGAUGCAGUCACUAUCUGCCUGUCCACUGCCGUGCCAGUUUCAACUCUAGAAGAUGUUCAGCAGAUGUCUUUUGCAUUAAGACUGCUUACAGAGUACCGCAGCGAAUUCUUAACAGAAGACAGUCAGAAACUUCUAGCCAGCACUCUACAGACAUUGAAUGCUGUUCUACGACGGCUAAUCAGUAAUGGCCUGGCUCCUGAUGAUGUCCCCUUAAAUGAUCUGCUUGCUGUUAUUAGGAAUCUUCUCCAUGCGGCAAAUGCCCGUGUGUACUCCUUGCAGAACUUCUGGGAGCUUGGCAGAACAAUUACUAUUGAUGAUUUUAAAACCAAUUUUCGAGACCUGAGACCAGAAAUCACUGCAGUUGUUGGCAGUAUGAAAUUCACUGAUAUCAGCCUAGAUGAGUCUCACAGGAAAAUUGUGGUGUCUGCAGUCGUGCCUUUGCUGGAAAGUUUUCUUGUUUCCACAUUACAGACUAUGAUUGUUGAUGAGAAGAGUCUAGAACUGGAUAUAGGUGGCAUUAAGAUUAAAGCUUCCAGAUCAUAUGUCAAGGACAUUGAAACACAAUAUGUUUCUGAGACAGCUUGUAUUUCAAUCCCAUCUUCUGUUUUGUCACGUCAAAAAGAUGGUUUGGAUGAAGUUUUUCAAGUUAUGAUCAGUCAUAAAAUAAAUCCUUAUACUUACGGCUAUAAAAUGCUUUCAUGGACUUAUGUUCCAGUCCAGACUAUCUCUUUCUAUGAUAUUGAUGGCUCAUAUAUACAUGUGGAAAAUCUGGCUGAUAAUGCAAGGAUUAGUUUUCGUAUGUAUUCAGCAGAUGGUGACAACAAUUCUUGUAUAGACAAAGAAGUGGCAAGUGAAGGUGAUGUAUAUCAAAUGAAGGAUGAGGAUUACAAAACAGUCACUCUUGGCCCACGUAAAAGUAAAGAAAUACGUGUGCCAGGUGGGCGUUCGGAAGUUUUAUCUGGUUUUGGAAUAAACAUUCAGCUGUUCUUUUCUGUUGUCUCCAUGAAGAACCAGAGUUUCAACAGUAACAUCUCAGGUGUUACUGUCUACCUUGGCAUCAAUGUCACUCCCACUACCAGCAGCCACAAACAGAAGCUGAUCAUGGUUGACAGCAUGGAUCAACAAAAUUAUACAUUUUUUCAGAACAAUCUCAGCUCAUCUGACAAGUUGCAUAUUGUUGCAACUAACAACAAUGAACUUUAUGAAAUAGAGCUGUCUGUGGGAGCAUACAUAUCCAGUUGUGAGUACUUCAACACUGACUCACAAACAUGGGCUUCUGGUGGAUGUCAGGUGCAAGAGGAUUCUACACCUGUUGUAACAUCCUGUAAAUGCAACCAUCUAACUUCCUUUGGAGCUGGGAUCAUAUCUAUUACUGAUAUUGAUUUUUCUGACCUAGAGAAUCUGGACCUGUUAACCAACCCAGUCGUAUUUAUUGUUGUCAGCAUCAUCUUUGUGAGCUACAUUUUACUGAUCAUCUUAUGCCGGUACUUGGAUCAUCAAGACCUCAAACGUAUCUCAAAGAUUCCACUAUGUGGCCAAGCUGGACAUUUUCUGUAUGAGGUCACCAUGGUAACAGGACGUAACUACAAUGCAGGAACCAGUUCCCAUGUGGGUAUUAAGCUUUAUGGAUCUGAAAAUAAAGGAGGUGCCAGGCAUUUAACCAAGCCAGGGGCAUUCCAGCGAAACUGCCGGGAUACAUUCCUAAUUCUUGUCUGGCAUGACAACACUGGCUUAUCUCCCUCCUGGUAUCUGUCUCACAUUCUGGUGAAGGACCUGCAGACAGAGGCACAGUUUACCUUCCUAGUGAACUCCUGGUUGUCCCUGGAAAUGGAGGAUGGAGUCAUUCAGAAAACUGUAAAAGCUUCAGAUGAAAAUGAAACAAAGCAAUUUUACCAUCAAUUUAAGUACAUCUUUGAUUCCCUAAUGGGAGACUUACAUACAUGGUUCUCAGUCUCCAACAAACCAGAUCACAGCCGUUUUACACGUGUUCAGCGCACCACUUGUUGUCUAACAUGUGUUUACUUAUAUAUGUCAGUCAAUGCCAUGUGGUAUGGUUUAUUCAAGAGUCGUGCAGAGGUCAAUGCAACAUUAUCAUGGAGCUCUUUUGGCUGGGAGGAAAUUGUAGUAGCCUUGGUGUCUACAAUAAUUGUAGUGCCAUUCUGGGUUGGAUUGACACUUACUUUCAAGAAAAGCAGAUGUAAGGCCUCCAUAUUUAAAGAAGCACUUCGACCAGGCACUGCCCAGACUCUAGAGAUUGAUGCCCUGUGUGCAUUCUCUGUAGAUGGUGGCUCCUACAAGACUGCUACAACACUGGCUGACUGGAUCCCAUCCUUGGACAGAGAGAGUACUUCUGAUUCUGUGAAUCAAAUUCCUGCUGGUCUGAAGCGAACAGCUCCCAUGUACAAAGGUAGACGAAGAAAAAGUAGUGAUGUCAACCUCAAUGGAAAGGAGAGAUCGGCCAUUCCAAGUUCAGGCAGUCAGAAGAAUUUCUGGAACAAAGAUAGAAUUAUGCAGAGUUGGCCAGAUACAUUACAGCAUGGACUGAGUAAAACCAGUGCACUGAAAGAUCACACUGGCAUUGAACAGAAUGGCAAAACUCCCACUAAUCAGAGUUCUGAUGGUGGUUUUGCUGCAAAUAAACAGAAAAGUCAAGCUGUGAGACAUAGCCACCAACACAGUAAGCCAACGGAGAAUAGUGACGAGGAAUUCCAAAUGAUACUGGACCAAGCUGAGGCUGAUAUAGCCAGAGCUGAGGAGAGGAGGAAGAAAAGUCGGAAAUUGAAGUUAGUAUUGCUCAAACUAUUGAGGCAGGCAAAUAGUGAUGACUUGUUUGAUUCUGAUGAUGACUGGGUAAAUGAAGGAUUAGAUGAUGUUGUGAUUGAACCCAAGUUUGCAUCAUUCAUCAAUAACAGGGAUUCUGAACACACAUGUACUUUUGACAGGCAUGUAUAUUUUUCUGGAAGAACUUCAGUUGCCAGCUUCACUCUGCCCAAUGGAAGCUCCUGCAAACCAGGCUCUGGAGAAGGAAGUGAGAAAAAUCAUACCAGCUUGCUGCAGAAUGUGAUGAGACCCAGUAUUGUGUCAUCAUCAUCCAAAUCAAAAACAACACUAUCAGGGCGCCUGAGGUCUUUGAGUGUGGUAUCCCAGAUGAGCUUGCAGAAACGUGCUGGUUGUCUGCUUCCUUCUUGGUGUGUGUAUGUGGCAUAUUCAGUAUGCGCCAUACUCUGUGUGAUAUCAGUCAUCCUUGUGUUGCUGUAUGGAUACAACUUUGGAAAGGACAUAGCCAUCAAAUGGGUGGUGUCUCUGUGCUUUACUGUGUUCAUCUCCAUUCUUGUUAUUGAACCAUUGAAGAUAUUGCUCAUCACUGUUUAUAUAACAAUGCUUACUGAGGACAAAGGAGAAGGGAACUCUGAUAUGAUAGAUAUCACGCCAAAGAUAGAAUUUAGUGAACAACUCAAGGAUGUAAAAUUCAGGCCACUCGGAGGAUUUGCUCUGCUGCAAGCCAAAGAAGAAGGAAAGAAGAAAAGGAGAUUGAAUACCAUGAUCAGGGAAGUAACUAUAUUCACCUUCAUGUUUGCAAUUUUCCUGGCCAUUGUAUACCUCUACAGUAAUGGUUUCGUGUACCAUGUCACAAGCAACAUACAAAGUAGAUUUUAUGGAAGACUGGAUCAUGGUAUCGACAGUAACUCCCACCACAUCAACAUCACCAGACUGAGAAGUGUACCAGAGUUUUGGCUGUGGACAAAGAAAGUACUUGCCAGAUCUUUACAUUAUAGAGACUUAUUCCAGUCUGAAAACUUUGGAUUUCUAAUGGGUCCAGCUUGGCUACGACAAAUUAGAGGAGAGACAGUUGCCUGUUCUGCUGCACAAAGCACUUACCUGAUGUCAGUACCUGAACUUGUCAAAAGGUGUGUUGACAGUGGCACAACUAAUCCUGACACCAGGCCCUAUUCUGUAGGAUGGACACCAGGGUCAUCUAACUGGACAUACUCCUCAGCUUCAGCCCUUGACCAAUUUAGCAAGUUCGGCCAGUCAAUGAUGUAUAUGGGAGGUGGCUAUGUUCAGACAUUGGGUCUAACUUACAAUGCUACACUGAAUACACUACAGCAGCUGGAGACAGAUGGUUGGAUUGAUGUCAUGACCAGAGCAGUCUUUGUUGAGUUCACACUGUACCAUCCCAGCAGGGAUCUCAUAUCUUGUGUCACAUUUUUGCUGGAGUUUCCUACUUCAGGUGGUAUCCUGGCAAUGUCUUCAGUCAGGACUGAACAUCUCCAAAGAUUUAUACUAGGUCAUGUAGAUCCAUUAAUGGUUUGUCAGAUUAUUUUCUUCAUAUUCAUUCUGUAUUUCACCAUUGUGGUUGCUGCUGCCCUGAAGUCGCACAAGCUGAUGUUUUUCAAGCCCUUCUGGAACUGGGUUGAUCUGUUCAUUUGCAUCCUUUUGUGGGCAAAUACUGGUUUGUACAUCAUGUGUCUCGUUGAAGCAACCAGUAAAGUGAAUGCUUAUCUGGCAGAUCUGACUACCUCAGCCCACUUGGAAAAAGCAGCUAUCCUUCACAGUGUUCUCCGUGAUGUGCAUGCCAGUCUUUUGUUCCUGUUUACUCUAAAGAUCGUUCGACAGAGCCGUUUCUUCAAGCCCUUAUACAAGUUUUACACCACCUUGUCCACAGCUAGUUCAUCGCUGAUGGGUGUUUUCUUAAUUUUUACUGUGAUACUUCUAACAUACGCACAGUUUGGAUAUCUGUUUUAUGGAUCAGCAGUGUAUGGAUACCACAGUUUCCAGCAUUCCAUCAUGUCACUGAUUGGACUUUUUCAUGGUCAUACACAAUUUUGGCCAGUUUUUGGAUUUGGACAUUUUGUCUCACAUGUGUUCUUUAUUUCAUUUGGCUUGUUUGGCUAUGGUCUGGUUACUGCUUUAAGUAUAGCAGCACUGACCUGGUCCUUCAAGUGGUCAAGAGCACAGAUGUCAUACAAGUCAACUCUUGAGGCCAGGGACUAUGAAAUGAUUGAGUUCAUGAUCAGACAAUUCAAAGUCAUCACUGGCAUGCAGAAACAGAAACCGGCAUUUCGCCAUGUUAAGUUUGAAGGGCUUCCAUCACUGUCCAGUCGCAACAACAGCUCCCAUGCCUCCAGUAGAUCAUGUACCAGUCCAAACCCAGUUUCAGCACAAUCUAGUCAUGCAGACUUGACUCAAGAGUACCUUGAACACUGUAUGGUGAGCAUCAAGCCAAAAUGGGACCAAGUGGUGGAAACUGUUCAGAAGAUAGAAGAACUAGAUAGAAGAGAUGAAGAACAACUUCAAGUUUUACUGAAAAAGAUCAUAAAAUCAACCCCUGAGGACAGCAAGUUUUUACAAUCAAGCUCCAGACUAAUUCUGAACAAGCCACCUCUGAGUAUGACAGCCUUUACAAAAGUGAAACCUCAAGAGGGCAGGCAGGAUGCCACUUCAUUUCACAUCAGUAAGAAUGUGUCAGCACCUUCCAGGUCCAUCUUUGAA